AUGAACACGCAGACGACGCAAACGGAUGUGCAUAGGCAGAGGUUUGUAGAGGGGAAUGGGGGGAAUAAUAGGAGUGGAAGAGGGAGUGGGAGUGGUGCCGCUCACUUACCAAGCAGUGCGCCUACCAAGUUAUUCCCGCUGCAGCUUCCAAGCAGAGAGAAUUCAAGGCCCGUGAAUCAGGUGCAAUCACAGUCUCAGUCGCAUCCACAGCAGCCCAAGUCCCAGUCACGCCAUUUACAACUCCACCCACCUCCGCCACCACCACCACCAAUCAAAUCAGUCUACAGCGGUCCUAUUCCACCACCAUCACUGUUCAGACGGAGUAAUGAGGAUCUUAAAGCCCAGACGUCGCAUACGGGGCACUCUAAGCACCCCGCACACCCCGCAAACAACUCCUUCCCCACUCUACCGCCGAUCAGCAGCGUUGAGGGCGUCGUUGAGGAGAAUGAUGCAGGCACACGCAAGCGCAAAUCACAGGAUACAAGUGGCAGUUUUUCAGAUGAGACACAUGGUAAGCAUCAGAUGCAGAUGCCGACGCAACAGACGCAACAGACGCAACAGUCACAGUACACUCACACACAACGCACCAAGAAUGGCAGCGGUAACGGUAAAGCCAAAAGCGCGCGCAGACGUGCGUGCGAGGAGUGCGCACGCGCCAAAGCACGCUGUAAAGUGGAGCCAGGUGAUGGAGUAACACCGCCAAUGUGCACGAGGUGCAAGAUGUACGGCCAUUCGUGCCUCUUACCGGAGGGAUAUGUGAUCGAUAGCGACUGGAUGGAUGAGGAUGUACAGACGCCGCGGAAGAGGGCGAGACGUAACACGGCCAACAGCAACAGUAACAGCAGUGGAGAUGAUAGAGGUAGGGAGAGGGAUUGUGAGAGGGAGGGAUAUCUCGAUGGUGUUGGUGUUAGGGAUAAAGAAAGAGACACAAGUAGAGAUAGGGAUAGAGAGGUCGACUGGCAUAUGCAUAGACGUCUCAGCGAAGCGUGGCAGUAUCACCACGGCCACCCUUCACCUUCAAGUUAUAACUUGAUACCACCCGGUUUUGAACAACGCGAACAACGCGAACAACGCGAACAACGCGAACAACGGGAUCAAUGGGAUCUUUACUCGCAAUACUCACAUUACCCUCAAUAUACCCAGCACACUCCUCACACCACUCAACAACCCCCUCAACCACCUAAUAGAUAUGGAUAUCCUCAGAUGCACUACUCACCAACAGUACCAUCAGCACCUUCAGCACCUUCAGCACCGUCGAUGGAUGUAGCCUUCUUGCAAGCUGAAAUGGCUAGCUACCCUUUUCUCAGACACAUUGCUGGCUAUGAUCUCAGCAGGUUGUCCUUGUUUCUUUCCGCGGCUGUACGUGUCGGUAUUACGGGGAUAUACGCAGGCGAGCAGACGACGCAGGGGCACUCGCAGGGGCACUCACAGUCACAGCAAUCCCAGCAGUCAUCACAGCCAGCACAAGAGCCACGAGAGUAA